UGAAUUCAGUGGUUUAGAUACAUUUGUAGUGUACAUAUCACUAAUAUUAACGGCUUUCUUCUUUUACUAUAUAGGGUGCUACGCUGUAUAAGGCUUGAAGAGAUCUUAAGUGAUAAAGAAGGCGCUGCUCUGACACAAAGAAUCCUUUCUUUGCCACAGCAGCCUUCAGAACCUUCUGUAAUUGUGAGGUAUGAUUCCCAAAUAAUAUUUUUUUCUGGAUUGACAUGUCUAAUAAUAAAGAAAUGUGGAUUUGUGAAUGCUCAUCAACUGUUUAUAUGUGUGGUUGGGACCUAGAUUGUAUGGACUGAAAUGAAUGAUAAUCAUUGUAAAAUGUUGAAUAAUGUGUUAGUUCUAUAAAAAUAUAACUUACUAUAAUUAUGAAGGAUAAAAAUAAUACUUAUAAUAAUAAAUCAUAUUUCUGUUAACAGUUUGCCACCUUGUGUACCAACUGAGGGACUUAUUGCUAAUGAGGAAAGUGCCCCAAUGGUACAAGAGCUGGUAGAGAAAGAAACUGCUUCUAUGGCAACACAGACUGAUGAACAUGAGAGUUUGCCACCUUGUGUACCAAUUGAUGUACCCAUUGCUGGUAAGGAAAGUGUCCCGCCGGUGCUAGAUUCGGUGGAGCAAGAACUGACUUCUUUGCCACUUUGUGUACUAACUGAAGAGGUCAUAGCUGAUAAGGAGAGUAUCCCUACAGUACAAGAGCCAGUGGAGCAAGAAACUUCUUCCUUGCCGCCUUGUGUAUCAACGGAUGGGCUCAUUCCUGAUUCCUUGCCACAUGACGUGGUUCAUCAUGAAGAAUCAGGGGAAAAACUAUCACAAGACCGCAAAAAAGUCUGUAACUUUUAUUGGAAGGAUGACAGACUCUAUUAUGGCCCAACACUUUGUAAAUAUUAUUGGAAGGAUCACAAAUUCUUUUAUGGCCCAGAUGUUUGUAAAUUUUAUUGGAACAGUCCCAAAAAAAUUGUUAGCAGGAAAGUUUGUACAUUUUCCUUGCCAAAAAAGCACAAGAAAAAAACAGUACUGUUUACAAAAGUUUGCAGAAUAUAUAGGCCAGAGCCGAAAAAAAAGUGCAAAUUUUACAGCUUUUCUACCAAGAUAUGAAAAUGCUUGUGAAAAUGUUGACAUAUUUUUCCAAACCUUUUGAAAACCAAGAUAAUGAAUGGAUCAUUAGAAGGUGAGUUUGAUAAAUAUUCAUUCAAAUUUUCCUUCCUUGUAAUUCUGAGCAGAGCUAAAUACAUUAAGAGGCAUAUUUAUCAUGCUGUGUAAAACAGCAGUGACUAAAUACACCCCCCAUAACCAGACAGCACAGCCUUAAAAAAGUUUUGUACGGGUAUGGGACCUGUUAUCCAGAAUGCUUGGGACCUGGGGUU